UUUCUUUUCCAAAAAAACAAAAACAGACGCGCAGGUUCUCUCAGUCCGUCGCCGCGGAACCCCAGGCGCCGCCGCGCGACUCUCGCCGGCUCCGCCUCAUCCGCUCCGUGGGCUCAUUUCGGAACAUCUAGUCACGGACUCACGGUCUUGUUGAUUCCAUGUCGAUCUAACCCACAUGUUCAUGCCAUAUGGUCGGCCUCGACCGGCCGGCGCGAUCCGCGUUGCAGUAUCAGCCGGAGAUGGGGCAGCGCCGGGCAUCGCUUCCACAUCGUUUUCCGCUUCCCCGUAUACGUGAGUUCGAUUCGAGGCUUGAUGCGCCUGCAAACUCGGUGGUUUCUGGUGAAUUCUAUGCUAUGCAGGAUGAUCCAGUGUUCGGGGCGGCGCGGAAGGAUGGGAAUAAGGUGGUGACCUUGCUGUGGGUGAACGACUGAUUGAACCCUCAGGUAAUUUUUCGGCUGAUGAGUGAUUUGAAUGUUGUACCCGGUUGCAAAGCUUGUCACAUUUGCCUGACCAGAUGCCAAAGGAAUGGACAUGAAGAGAUAAUGGGAUGUGCUCUUUCUUCCUCUGCAGGAGAGCAAAUUCAUUUGAAUCCAAGACAUACUUCAGGAAUGCUUUUGGAAGCUCUAAAAAAACUGCUUUGGAAAGUAGUUCUGCACACAACAGUUAUUUGUUUUGCUAACAACAGUAGUGGUAUUUUACUAAAUAUUACAAAUAUUCUUCACAACUACCUAAUUCCACAACUUAAUGCAUCAUAUAAGGCAGUGCCGUGUUAACCCAUGAUCCGUGCAGUCACGCAACCUCAUAGUUUUUUGGAGAGGGUUUACUGAAUCCUCAGGAAUUCAUAUAGGAUCCAUGUAGCUCAUAAAAUAUUUAAAGAAUUGACCCCAAAAAGAAUGUAAGUUUAACAGUUGAAGUCGAAAAGUGAAGGAUAUUAAAUCAUUCAUUACGAAGAAAGAAAGUUGAGGCGCGUCAUCUCUAGCGAAAGGCUUAGUGUUUACAUGUAAGCAGUAUCUCCAAGAAAAAUAUUUGUUGGACCUUGGUAAGAGGGACACAUAUGAGAUAUAAAUGGAUGUCAAUAAGUUUAAUGCAGUAUCUCGAAUCAAAAUCUCCAGAUAUAUAAGUUUCAGCUGUGCACAUACAAUAGUUUUUAAAUAAGGUGUUAUUGUUGUCCAAAGAGAGCCAUUCUCUGUAUGUAUUUGUAUAAAUGUUGCCAUACAUUAUGUAUAAUCUUGAUAAUAAAUUUGGACGUAUUCAUGUACAUGCACAAAAGAUGGUCCUUGGUUAUUGACUAGUAUGUCUCUGAAAUGUUAAGCCCUUCUUGUAUUCCACACAUGCAAUUGAGGAAUUAAAUGCAUAACCUUUAUGCAAUAUGGCUAGAUACAUUUUUUAAAUGUCAUGUGAGGAUAUUUGCACUGGAGAUUGUGUUUUGAUGCAUUCACGUUGACGCUGAACACUAACAAAAUCGCCAACAAUUAAUGAGGUACGAAGGUCACAUGUAGCUUCAUUGGAGCAUUGCAUGCAUGCUUCACACAGUUUUGACUCCUGAACCUUAUAUUCUUAUUUUCCAUUAAUCAUAUAGUCCUAUAUAUACCCCCUUUUAAGGUUCAACUCUCCUUGACAUAAACGAAUCCCAAGCUUUCACUCUUUAUCAAGAGUGAGAAGGUUACAUCCUUGCUCAUGGACAAGCGCUAGAUGGUUUUGUUGUUCUGAUCCUGAUUUUUGUUUGGAGGUUGAACAAAUCUGAAUAAACGGGGAUACAAAUUCUUGGAAGUAAUGGAUCCGAAGGAUAUCCAAGAGUGGACAUCCUGCGAAGUAGAGGAGUUCAAGGCACUCUUUGCCAAGAUAAGGAAUGAAAAAACAUGUGACUGGACGGAAGUGCUUUCAAAGAGGUUCCCUGCAAAGACUAUGCAGCAGUUAAACGAUCAAUAUGUUGAUGUCUUUGUGGAGAUGCUCUGUGAUGAGAUAGAUGGUGAGCCUAGCAGGGAUGAUGUAACCAAUGAUUUGCAUGAUUGGUACAAGCUUCUAGAAGGAGACAUCCAUUACUCAACUCUGGGCCCAUCAGUUGAAACACCCUUGAACCAACCUUCCAAACAAUUGGUGGUCGAAGCAGCGGGUGAUCAUGAUUCAAUGCAAAAAUCAUGCUACCAAUCAACACAAAAGAGGAAGCAGUUUUGGACUGCCGAGGAACACAGGCAGUUUCUACAUGGUGUGCAGCGUUUGGGGCGAGGUGAAUGGAAAGCCAUUUCUGAGUAUUUUGUCCCUUCCAGGACCCCAACACAAUUAGCAAGCCAUGCUCAGAAGUACUUCAUCAGAAUGAAGAAGAAUGAGAUGUAUAACAAGAGGCAGAGGCAUAGCAUCAAUGAUGUCGAGCUUGUCAAUCAUGAUCUGAAUGAUACUGCCUGGUGUCAUACUGAACCAGGUAAAGUGAUACCAAGCGCACCAAACAUUCCACCACCAAUCUCAACAGAGGACAUGAAUUCUCUGCAUGAUCUGGCACAAGGAAUGCCUAACUUUGGGCAAGCGAGUUACAGUCCAACCAACUUGGCAAGGCAGAUGGGACUUCCUCAUACACUGGAUAGCAUCGAGUGGGAAGUCUCAAGCACCUCCUCACCAAGAGAGCAGGGGAGUGUUCUGCUUGAUCAAACAGGAGGAAGUGGUGCAGAAAAUAGGACCUGUCCUUCCUGCAGGAAAAGCCGUGGCGCGGCCACCAAUCGGAGACGCAAGAAUAAUAAAAGAAGACUCCCUGGUGUCCUCACUGCCCGAACCCCACAAGAAGUUCUGCAUCAUAGGCCUGGAAGCAACAGCACAACUAACUUUACCAGUGUGAUGGCGCCCAACAGCCAGCACAACUUACACCCAACCAUGGCACCAUUCUGAAGCAUGGUGGAACCCCUAUGCAUCACUUGUUAGAGCAAAUGUGGGCUUUGAACUCGCAUAACUGUUCCAAGUCGGUUAUGUAAGGCUAUAGCAGUGGCAGGUUGAACUCACAUAAUUGCUUGCCCGCAUAAUAAGGAAGCCGUAUUUGGCUUCACCCGCAUAAUAAGGAAGCCGUGUUUGGCUUCACCGGCAUCUGGCUCAUGAUGUGAUAUGAGGAACCAGCUAAUGUUUGCUUUUUGGUACAAUGUUAUUAUGUGAACAUAUCUAGGUACCAGUACUUUGUUUCAGACAUAAUCCUUUGUUACAAUAUUUUGCUGUUGUGUUG